AUGGCAAGUCAAGAAUUUAUUGUACUAUAUACUCAUCAAAAGAUGAAAAAAUCAAAAGUAUGGCAAGAUGGAAUACUGAAGACCAGUUUUUCAGGAAAUAAAGCAACUUUAUAUGAUGACAAAGGACGGUCCUUGGAGAGUUUAUUUUUGAAGCAGUGUGAGGUGAAACCUGGAGAGGAUUUAGAAAGUGAUCGAUAUUUAAUCACAGUUGAAGAUGUAAAAAAUGUUGAAAACAUCCCUAGUAAUUUAGAAGUUAGAACAGAAGUACCGAAGUUGAAUGUACAAGAAUUGAAAUCUUCUAACAAGCCAAAACUGCGCCUAUCCACUGGUUUAAAAAGAAAGUUUACUGGAUUCCAAGGACCGCGUCUAGUACCAAAAAAGAUGGCAACCAAAGAAAAUGGUGAAUCACCAGCAUCACUUCUAUCUAAGGAGUCUUGUCCUACCUUUUCUUCUCUGUUGUACCGCACACCUCCAUUGUUUUCUACUGCUGGAAAGAAAAAUAGAUCGUCGAUUAUGCCAUUGGACUUUAACAGUGUUGUUGAUUAUAAGAAAAGCAACACAAAUGAUGUGUCUAUCCCCUUACUUCUCUCUACUACAUCCAUCAAUUCUAAUCAGGAAGGAUUGAGUAAAGAAGAUGAUCAUUCUUUUCUCAAUUCUGUAACUAGGAAAUCAGACAUCUCAGUGAAAGAAGACUGUUCGACAAACAGGGGCUCGGCAACCGCACAAAAUAUCAGGAGCAAAGAACAGAUUUUAGCACUUCUAAAAUCCAAAUCAACUCCUACUUCAGAAGUUACGGAGUAUUUUCCUCUUGGACAUUUGACAGAAGAAAUAAAAAGAUCUCCUAGGGCACAGUGCAUAAUAGGAAGGGAAGAAGAGAUUACUGAAAUGAACAGCACAAAAAAUAUAUCUCACCAGUAUUUAGAAAAUAAUGCAAGAAAAAGAAGCCGAUGGGAUAUUUAUUUACCAAAGAGCUUAUCUAUAAGUUCUGAUGUAAGCUAUACCAAAGAAAAAUCUGAGGACCAAGAUGACAAUUUAAAUUUGCAUUUGAAAGGUUCUUUUGAGCAAAAGGAGAUGAAUCUCUUUGCAGUGGAUUCUGAAAAAAAGGUUGAGUUUAAGACAGACAAUCAAAUAGAUAAUGAUGACCAAACUACCUGUAAUCAGAAAAUACAUUUUCAAGUAUCUUCUUCCUCUGAAAAUGAGCUGGGAGCAAACUUACCAAUUGUCUAUAGCAAUGAGCAUCAUUACUUAUUAUCAGAAUCCAAAACUGAAAUGCUUUUCAAUGAUGAUUAUCCAAAAUCUAUAAAAGGAUCUCUUUUUACUACGCAAUAUGUGCAGGAAUUAAAUAAAACUGGAGUGCCAGAAAGGGAGAACCACUUAAAGCUUUCUUCUCAGCCAGAAUGGGAAUUUUCACAAAUACAAAGAGAUUCUUCUUGCAUAAAUAAUACUCUGGCCACAUUGGUUUCUGAAAGCAGAGCUGAAGAUGAAAAUAUUAAAACUAAUACAGAUUUGAAUAGUAAACCAGAGCCAUUUUUGGAGGUAACUUUCAGUCUGGACAAUUUUGAUAUUAGUGAUACUGAGGAAGAAUCAGAAAACAGCAACGUCUUUCCCUUGGAUUCUGAGCAUAGGCUAAAGAAAAUUUUAUCUGAGAACAAAACAUAUGUUGAAAGGAAAUUUGAGGUUAAGGAUAAUAGUCAAGAAGAUGAUAAUGAACAUUUGUCACAUCUGAAGACAGUUAAUUCUAGUCCUCCAGCAAAAUUUCCCAUUAUGAAAACUCCAUCUUCCCAGAUUUGUGCUAAAACUUUGGUAGGUCUUGAUAAAAUUGGUAAAGAUAAUGAGGCAUCUUUCUUAUUUAACUCAAAUCUUCUUGAAGCUGAAAACAUUGAAGAAGAAAUGACUGUAAAUAUGUCAAAUUUUGAAACAUUAAGCAGAGAGACUAGUUGUGAUUCAUCCUCAAAGCAGACCAAUGAUAUAUUGGUAUAUAGUAAAGGGCACUGUAAUGGAUCAGUUCCCCAAACCAAUACUGAUUGUGAUCAUGUCUCACCUCAAACCAAGAAAUCAUUUAAAGAAGUAUGUUCUUCAUCAGAUUCACCAGAGCCCCCUAAUCUGUAUCAAGAUUCUACUCAGCAGGCCUCUUUCUUGGAAGAUAAAGAAAAGAAUUCUUUUGUAACUCUCAUACCUAAGGAAGAAAAGAGGAAGUCUUGUAAACCUAAGCCAGUUGAGUUUCAAGGGCACCGAGUAUCAGGAUCAGCUUCUAGUGAGGUAAUGGUCAGAGAACACUGCUCCCAGCUAGAGUGGAAUCACUAUCCAGAUAGUGUGGAGUACGAGAGCUUCCCAGCAGGGGCUUACUUUUUGUCACCAAAGUUGCCUAGCAGUUGUAUGAUGACUGAUUUCUUACAGCCCCCAGAUGGAGAAAACAUUUUGGAAGACGGUCUAAGCUUCAGGGGAGAAGAGGAUUUUCAAGUGACAACUGAUUUUAUUAAGGACUCAAAUGAAAAUAAUAUUUCAAUUUUGGAUUUCCCUUUUACAGAUUCAGGCAAUACUGUGACAUCCUCUUCUUUGGAUUAUAAUUUAAAGUUAUCUAAUUGGUCUUCACGAGAAACAAACACGAUGAUGUCACCAGUGCAAAAGGUCCCAACACUGAGCCCAAGAAAUGAAGACUUUAUGAUAAACUUACCUGAGGAGUCUCUGAAAACAAGAAUCUUAUCUGGAGUGGAAAAAUUCAGUUGUUCAGAAAAAGUCAACAUCCAAAGAUUUCCAUCUAGACAUAGAGUUCGGACACCACUUAUUACACUGCCACCUGCUAAAGUACAUUCUUUCUCAGAAAAUUGCUCACAUAGAAUGGACUCUGAAGUCCAGAAGUCCUUUGGGAGCCCCAUCCAUGACUCAUACAAGGAGUCACUUCCUAUUGACUACUUUGGUCCUGAGGACAGGAAUGGGGACACCUGUAUUUCUCAGAAAUCUGGGGAGGUUACCCCUCCAAGGCCUUCACAUUCCUCUCAGGUGCCUACACAAAGCAAGUGGCUGAAAUAUCAAAACAUAUCCCCAGAUGACUCGAAUACUCAAGAUAGAAGAGAUAUAAAAUUGAAUGAAAGCUUCUUCACCAUCUCUGCCUCGGGAAUGCAACUUGAUGAUCCACAGCAUCAUCAGAAUAGGCUUCCCAGGAAAGGCCCUAAGGAUUCUGUGCAUUUGGAGAUGAUAAAAGGCAUGCUUCAUCAACAGCAACCAGAUUUCUACCACCAGGAUUCUGUUUUCAGAAAGAAAACAUUGUUUCAGAAUUUAGAGCAAACUUCCCAGACUGAAGAAAUACAAAAAAUGUUCAGUCAGACAGCCCACAAUGGCUUCUGGAUAAAAGCAACUACCCAGGAGAUAAAUGCCAAUGCAUUGUCAUUUCCCAGUGGAGAAAGAUCCAAAUGUGCCUGUGUUCCCAAAAGAGAAAUUCACAUACCUGCUAUUUUUCAAUCUCCUGCUCAGUACAAACAGGUUUUUACAAACUCUCUGAUAGAACACCUAAACAUAUUGCUGUUUGAGGUGUCCAAAAGGUUACACAAAGCUCUUUCAAAAGUGGACAUAUCUUUUUAUACGUCGACAAAAGCAGAGAAAAAGAAAAACUUAGGAAACAGAUUUCCAACUUGUCAUCAUCAACAGCCGGCAAAGCUGGUCAUGGUUAAAAAGGAAGGACCAAAUAAGGGUCGUCUCUUUUAUACUUGUGAUGCAUCAAAAGCCAGCCAAUGUAAAUUUUUUAAGUGGUUUGAAGAAGUGAGCCCAGCUAAUUUGACACAGGCAGAGUCUGUCCCCAGCACGGUAUUACACGACAUAAAGAGUAUUGGAAUAUACUUGAGAUGCCAAAAUAUACCUCUCUAUGAGGAGUGUCAGCUUUUGGUGAGAAAAGGAUUUGAUUUUCAGAAUAAGAAAUAUGACAAAUUAAAGAAAUUUGCUCAUGCAAAUCCAGAAUUUCACCAUGAAUCUAAGAGCAAACUUUAUCUUAAACUGAGUAGGAGAGAAAGUUCUUCUUUCUAUGGCAAAGAUGACCUUUGGGUAAUUUCAAAAACCCUCGACUUUGAGAUGGAUACUUUCAUUGCUUGUAGUGUUUUUUUUGGACCGUCCUCAUACAAUGAGGUGGAGCUAUUGCCUCUGAAAGGCUAUUUCCCUUCAAACUGGCCAUCUGACACGGUGGUUCAUGCUUUACUGGUUUGUAAUGCUAGCACAGAGCUGACAACUAUGAGAAACUUGCAAGAAUAUUUCAAUCCAGCCACUCUACCUAUAAUACAGCACCUGUUAACAAGGUCUUCCCAAACUGAACACAACAAUAACAGAAUCAACAAAGGAAAGUUUAUUCCACCAGCCUUCAGUAGGAAUACUAACAAGAAGCAUGAACUAUUAAACCUAGAAGCGACACUGCAGCUAGCUAAUGAAACAAUUCAAACAUAUAAAUUAAACAUGGAUCAGGCCACAGCUCUUAUUCAGAUAGCCCAGAUGAUGGCAUCACGUGACAAUGGCAGCGACCUACAGGAUCCGCCUCCCCUCCCUAUCACAAUCAUACAUGGUGUUUUUGGAGCAGGAAAGAGUUAUUUGCUGGCAACAGUGAUCUUAUUCCUUGUUCAGCUCUUUGAAAAGAGUCCACCUCCUAUGGGGGUAGAAGCAAGGCCAUGGAAAAUUUUGAUUUCUUCUUCCACCAAUGUUGCUGUGGACAGAGUACUUCUUGGACUACUCAGUCUUGGAUUUGAAAAUUUUAUCAGAGUUGGGAGUAUUAGAAAGAUUUCCAAGCCAAUUCUACCUUACAGUUUGCAUGCUGGCUUAGGAAAUGAAAACGAGCAAUUAAAGGAACUACAUGCACUAAUGAAAGAAGACCUGACACCUGUAGAAAAAAUCUGUGUGAGAAAAAGUAUUGAACAGCAUAAAUUGGGCACCAAUAGAGCUUUGCUGCACCAGGUACAAGUAGUUGGAGUUACCUGUGCAGCCUGCCCGUUCCCAUGUAUGAAUAAUCUUAAAUUUCCUAUUGUCCUAUUGGAUGAAUGCAGUCAGAUGACAGAACCUGCUUCACUCUUGCCCAUUGCAAGGUUUGAUUGUGAAAAGCUGGUUCUUGUUGGAGACCCCAAGCAGCUACCUCCUACCAUUCAGGGUUCUGAAAGUGUUCAUGAUAAUGGAUUGGAACAGACUCUCUUUGACCGGCUUUGCUUAAUGGGUCACAAAGCAAUUCUGCUGAGGACUCAAUACCGUUGUCACCCUGCUAUUAGUGCUAUAGCAAAUGACCUCUUCUAUGAGGGAAGUUUAAUAAAUGGCAUUUCAGAAACAGAGAGAAGCCCAUUACUAGAAUGGUUACCAACUCUGUGUUUCUAUAACGUCAAAGGAAUUGAACAGAUUGAAAGGGAUAACAGCUUCCAUAAUGUAGCAGAAGCUGCUUUUACACUCAAGCUUAUUCAAUCCCUGAUUGCAAGCGGAAUAGAAGGAUCCAUGAUUGGGGUGAUAACAUUAUACAAAUCACAGAUGUACAAGCUUUGCACACUCUUCAACACUGUGCAUUGUGACCACCCCAGCCUCAAAGCUGUCCAGGUGUCCACCGUCGAUGCCUUUCAGGGCGCAGAGAAGGAGAUCAUCAUCCUGUCCUGUGUGAGGACACGCCAUGUUGGAUUCAUCGACUCAGAAAAGAGAAUGAAUGUUGCCCUAACAAGAGGGAAAAGACACUUGUUGAUUGUGGGGAAUUUGGACUGUUUGAAGAAGAACAGGCUAUGGGGUCGGGUGAUCCAGCACUGUGAAGGAAGAAGGAAUGGAUUACAGCAUUCAAGUCAGUGUGAGCCAGAUCUAAACCUCUUUCUUAAAAGUUAUUUGGAGAAAAAGGCAGAAGAAAAAAGUCAAAAAGAGAAAUCUAAACCCAAAUCUUUUUCACAAAAAGACAUGAUGUAA